AUGGCUUAUGUACGUGUCAAACGGAAACCACUGAUUUCCCGCUCGAAAGAUGUGGACUGGGAAGAGGCGAGACGGAUCGGAAAAGGGGAAGGAGGAGAGUACGCCAACGAGGAGAGGAGGAGUGACGAGAGGACCAGACGCGAACUCUGUCCAAAUGAAGUGGACUUACGGCCCUGCACAUGCUUCAGCAAUUCAGACGGCGAUUCGACGGUGGAUUGCUCGGACGUCGCGACGAGCGGGGAGAUCUGGUCGGUCUUCAAUAGGGCCACCUGGCCCUCCAGUCGACUCCAGCAAUUCUUCCUGUCCGUCAACACCAAGUUGAAGGAUCUUCCCGACGGGGCAUUCGGAAACAUCUCCUUCGCUUCGAUGGAUCUGACCCUCACCAACCUCAAGACGAUCGCCCCCUCGGCCCUCCUGCCCUCCCGGGACCGACUCGUCCAGCUGGCCGUCGUGCACAGCAGCCUCGAGGAGUUUCCCUUCGCGCUUCUUCCGCGAAUGCAGCGUCUCCGGAUUCUCCAUCUCUCGCACAAUUUAUUGACCUCGGUCCCGCCCCUUCAAAGUCAGAGCCUCCAGGAACUUCGUCUUUUGAAUAAUCAUAUAUUGAAAGUGGAGGAAAGCGGAUGGGCCACUCCAAACUUGAAAGUAUUAGAUAUCGGCAGGAAUCCCCUGUCGAGAUUCCCUUCGGGAAUCCUGAAUGGCCUGGAGAAACUGGAGGAAUUCUCGUGCAGCGAAUGCCAUCUGGGUCCGACCCUUUCCAGAGGGCUGCUGGAUUUCCGCAGCAGGGCCUUGAGGGUGGUGCAUCUCGAUGGAAACAAUAUCUCGAGACUGGAACCAGGAGCGAUCACAGGCCUGCAACCUAAUACGAGUGUUUACCUACGAGGCAUGGAGAAUUUGGCCUUGUCCGAGGACAGCUUCCGCCCCAUGCUGGAGGUUCUUACGGUGGGAAAUGGGGUCCUUAUACUCGGGAGGAAAUUAUUCGGUUGCGAUUGCGACAUUGCUUGGCUGGUGGCCGAUCGGACGUUCCUGAGGAGCAUCGAUGGAGGCUGCUCGAGUGGAAAGGAGUUGAAAGACUUGGAGUCGGAUUCCAUGAAAAACUGUCCUCGACCUUGUCCUUAUUUGUGCGUCGGUCGCACAUUCAUGUCCCUCUGCACACCAGGGACAGCAAUUCUAUCGAAAGUGGAUGACUGUCGAUCUAAUGAGGUGGAGACCGAAUCAAAAGAAAGAGCAUCAGGACCCUCACUACCCUCCAAUCCCGACCCGAAAACAGAGCGCACCCCGUGCAGCCCAACGAUCGGUUUCUGCUUGAGUAGUCGACACUCAUAUUACUGCGCAGCUGAAAAUGAAUGGGAAUUGACGGAUCUUUAUUGGUGCUCUGGAGACCUUCUUUGCUGCGCUUCGAAGAGUGCCGUGGAGAAAAGGAAAAUGGAGCUGCUCUCCAACAAAAAGGGACCCAUAGUCACGGAUGGGAGCAUUGGGACAACUCUGUCCAAGCCUCCAUGGUAUCGAAUUGCAGGAUUCGAUUUGCGGGUUCCACGGACGCCAUUUUUACUCCACCGCUUUGCUUUGCUGAGCACAGAUGCAAUCCAGCAAUUGAGGAAGGUCAACAUAACCAUCUUAGUUUUGGAAAUGAACAAGAAAAAUUUUACUGAUGAGGAAGGUGGCACAGCAAAGUAUGUUGCCAAGAGUUACCUCUGAGGGUGGCCAUGGCAGGCUGCCAUUUAUGAUGUCAAACGAGGAGAUAUCAUUUGUGGUGGGGCUCUCAUUCACGAGGAGUGGGUCCUUACCGCGGCUCUUUGCCUUACAAUUGAUGGUACCUCAAGAGCUCGGAACAAAGAUGAUUUAAUCAUUUACCUCGGAAAACACUAUCGGAUUAAUUCCCUGGAUGAUGAAUUCGUGCAACAAAAACAGGUGUCCAGUAUCAUCCUGCACGAAGACUCCAGCGUCUUGAAUUAUGACUCGGACAUUGCCCUGAUAAGACUGACUAAGCCGGCAAUUUUAACCGACCGAGUGCAGAUAGUAUGUCUCCCAACUGGAUUUGAUCUGUUGCAGCAAAACCUCGAAAAUGGAAAGCAAGGAUGGGUUGCUGGUUGGGGUGUUAAUGAAUAUAAUAUCCUCAGUGAGGAGCUGACGGAUGUGGAGAUCCCAGUGUUAUCCAAUCGAAAAUGCAUUCAGGACACCGUUCAUUUUACAGGCGACCCAAUGAUGACAAUAACCCUCACGUCGAACAUGUUUUGUGCAGGGUACGACAAGGAAACUUCUCUUGAAGGUCUGCAACCGAAUACGAUUGCUUACCUGCGACGGUUGGAGAACGUGUCCUUGUCCGAGAAGGUCUUCCGCCCCAUGGUGGAGAUUCUUUCCCAGGGAACUGGAGUUCUCGCGCUCGGGAGUAAAUCCUUCCGUUGCGAUUGCGAUAUCGCUUGGCUGUCGAUCGAUCGGACGUCGAUGAGGAGCGUCGAAGGGGAAUGUUCGAACGGAACCGAAUUCAGAGACUUGGAUUUGGAUUCCGUGGAAAACCGUCCUCGCCCUUGUCCUUACGAGUGCGUCGGCAACCGACUCGUCUCCCUCUGCGCAUCGGGGACGGCGAUUCUCUCGAAAGUGGACGACUGUCGAUCUCACGAGGUGUGUUGUCGACCGGACAUACCAAAAGUCAAUGCGAUAACGACGACGACACUUCCAUCGAAAAUCGAGUGUCCCGUCGGUUUCUCAUGCGAAGAUGUACAGUCGGUGACCUCAUUCCAUCAGUGCAACUCGUCUUUCACAUGUCCUUCGGCGAAGCAAAUUUGUUGCCAGACCCAAGAAGACGAAUGUCCGCCCACGCAUUCCUGUAUUCAUAGUGCGGCUAAAGAACUGUGUGAACCGGGAACUGCGAUAUCAAUCACGGCAUGCGGUCAUAAUCGUUCAUGUUGUAUCCCGAAGACGGACUCUCAGACCAUUCCGUCUCACAUAACUUGCGAUCACAAUUGUGUAUCGUUGCCGAACGUCCAUGUCUGCGUUCCCGGGACCGUUAAGGACGGAACAGAAUGCAAGCAGAUGGAAGAAUUUUGCUGUCAGUUGCUGGCAGAAUCGAAAGAAAGUGGAUCAGGACCCUCACCGCCCUUUAGUGAAGACCCAAAUAUUGGGCUCCCCCAAUGCGACACUACGAUCGGUCGCUGCUUGUCCGUUCACCUUCCAGGUAGAUGCCGGAAUGAUGGUGAAAGGGA